AAAAAACUUUUUAAUCAUAAAAGAUUAUGAACAAUGGCACUUCUAACACAGGAAGCUUAGAUCAGCAAUUCGCUGGCAUGAGCCUCAAUAAUAAUAAUCAUAAUAACAGCAAACCUCCUUCUCGUUAUGUCCCUCCUCAUUUGAGAAGCCAAGUUAAUCGUGAAGAUCGAUCAACUAAUGAAGGCCAGCAGCGCCAAACGCCUAGAGCAAACGGCUGGAAUGACUGGAACGGUGGCCGCGGAGGCGGUGCAUCUCGCGGUGAAGGAAGAGGAUGGAACUCUUCUUAUUCAGAUAUGCCUAGUGGUGGAGGUCGAUGGGGCGGUAACCGCAAUGACUUUUACGAACGUGGAUCCUACGGCGGUUAUCGUCAAAACAAUACUCGCCAAGACUAUAGCUAUCAACGCCGUGACGAAACUCAGGGUUACUGGAAGGAUGGUGUACACCAUAUUGGUACCCGCAAUCCUCGUACUGAAAAAGAGCUAUUUGGCACACAAGACGACAGCAUUACGCAACACACUGGUAUCAACUUUGAAAAGUACGACGAUAUUCCUGUCGAAGCCAGUGGUCAUGACUGUCCUGAGCCAAUUACCGCCUUUACUUCUCCACCAAUGGAUUCUCAUUUGAUCAGCAACAUUGAGUUGGCUAGAUACACUACGCCUACACCUGUUCAAAAAUACUCUAUUCCUAUUGUCGAUGCCGGCAGAGACUUAAUGGCCUGUGCUCAGACUGGUUCUGGUAAAACCGCUGGUUUCCUCUUCCCCGUCUUUUCUCAAUUGUUCACUAAGGGGCCCGUGAGCCCUCCUGAAGACGAUUCCCGCGGCUAUCGUCAGCGUAAGGCUUAUCCCCAAGUGUUGAUCCUUGCCCCUACUCGUGAAUUAGUCUCACAAAUUUACGAUGAAGCCAAAAAGUUCGCUUACCGUUCUUGGGUUAAGCCCGCUGUCGUUUAUGGUGGCGCUGAUAUUGGUGCACAGAUCCGUAAUUUGGAACGUGGUUGUGAUCUGCUGGUAGCUACACCUGGUCGUCUUGUCGACUUGCUUGAACGUGCUCGUGUGUCACUCUCAUUGAUUCGUUACCUUGUCUUGGACGAAGCCGAUCGUAUGUUGGAUAUGGGUUUUGAACCUCAAAUCAGACGUAUUGUCGAAAAGGAAGGUAUGCCUGGUGUUGAAGGCCGUAACACCCUCAUGUUCUCGGCUACUUUCCCCCGUGACAUUCAGCAUUUAGCCCGUGACUUCUUGAAGGACUACAUCUUCUUGUCUGUCGGUCGUGUUGGUUCUACCUCUGAAAACAUCACUCAAAAGAUCGAAUAUGUCGAAGAUGAAGAUAAGCGCUCUGUUUUGUUGGACAUUCUCCACUCUAGUGAAAUCUCUGGUCUCUGCUUGAUCUUUGUCGAAACAAAGCGUAUGGCCGAUGCACUCUCUGAGUUUUUAUUGGAUCACAACUUCCCUGCCACGGCUAUUCAUGGUGAUCGUACCCAACGUGAACGUGAGCGUGCUCUUGAAAGUUUCAAGACAGGUCGCACACCUAUCAUGGUAGCUACGGCUGUUGCUGCUCGUGGUUUAGAUAUUGCCAACGUAUCCCAUGUUAUUUCCUAUGAUUUGCCCACUGAUAUUGACGAUUAUGUGCAUCGUAUUGGUCGUACUGGUCGUGCCGGUAACACUGGUCUGGCUACUGCUUUCUUCAAUCGUAACAACAAGAACAUCGUUAAUGAUUUGAUCAGCAUCUUGGAAGAAGCUAAUCAAGAAGUCCCUAGCUUUUUGGAAUCUGUCGCUAGAGAAACUCGCUCCUUUAGUGGUCGUGGCCGUGGCCGUGGUCGCGGUGGUGGAGGUAGUUUUGGUGGAAGAGAUUACAGAAAGACAAACAACGACUGGAACAGCAAUCGUGAAUCUGCCUAUCCUCCUCGUUCCAACUAUAGCAACAAUUAUGGUGGAAGCGGCAGUGGUAGCGGUAAUAACUCUAGAGAUGUUCCUCUUCAAUAUCAAACCAAGACAAGUUGGUUCUAAUCCAACUGUCGUUAACGUAUAGAAUCAGUACUCAUCGACCCCCCUUAAAAAAAGCAUAAUUAAAAGAACCUAUUUGUCA